AUGCACUCGCCCCACCGCCUCCCGCCCCUGCAGAAGUUGGAACAGCCCAGCAGCUCCUCGGGGAGCCUGGACUCUGCCCACCCCGCCAUCCUGCUGACCUGCUCCAUAGGUGCGGGGGGCGGGGUGCAGUGUGGCCACCAGGUUGGGGUUCCUGAGCUGGUCCUCAGGGAAGAACCAAGACUCGUUGAUGACAUCUUUGGCAGAGAAAUGGAUCAGCUCUGCCUCAGCUCAGCCCAGGUGAGCUCCGGCUCGGUGGUCAGCAUCAUGACCAUAAUGUCUGGUCACGGGGCAGGCGGUGAGAGACGGGAGUAG